AUGGCCACUAAAAGAAUUAUUAACCAAACUUAAGAGCAUUAUGAAAUUUAAAAUUUCUAAAAUGUCGAUGAAAUGGAAAAGCAUUUGCAAAAGCCUACUGAUAGAGUUUUAUGUUCUUACUAGCAUGGAGUCUACGAUGUUACAGACUUUUUACCUGACCAUCCAGGUGGUAAAGAUCUUAUAGAGAAAUACAAAGGCAAAGACAUUACAGUUAUAUUCAAGGAUGAAAAUAGUCAUCCUCACUCAUAAAACGCAAAGAGAAUUUUAGCCCAAUACAAAACUGGACAAGUUGCUGGAGACAAUAAAGAAAGUAUGAGGGAAGGUGAAGAAAGACCUUACCCUUUAAGAGUAGGAAAAAUCCUUUACUUUGAUGAUUUCUAAAUCGAUCUAGCCAAAGGUUAUUUCUAUCAAAUUUGGAAACUUUCCUACAAAUAAUACUUAGAAGUUAUUGAUAAUCCCGUCACUAUUCCUUUCUAUGUUCCUUUGUUUGAUAGCAAAUUCCUCGAUAUGUUCUCCAGAAAUAAAUGGUACACAAUCCUCGCUAUUUGGGUUCCUAUUGCCAUUUACCACUUUUACUUAGGUCUUACUUUUGAUUAUGAUGUCAAUUCUAUUGUUGAUGAUUACAUUAAACUUUCAAGUGCUUCUUUCUCUUUGUUUGCUGUCUUCGCUAUUUUGGCAUUUGCUGUCUUCACUUGGUCUUUGGCUGAAUACUCUCUUCAUAGAUUCUUGUUCCACAUGGAAAAAUGGAUGCCUGACUAAGCCUUAUACAGAUAUCUUGCAUUUAUUAUCCACGGUGUUCAUCAUGCUCUUCCUAUGGAUGGAGAAAGAUUAGUAUUCCCUCCUUCUUUAGGUGCUAUGAUGUACUAUGUCCUGACCACUGUUAUUUAUACCUUCUUACCUGGUAAUGCUGGAAGAAUUUUUGUCACUGGUUUUAUUGCUGGUUAUCUUUAUUAUGAUAUGAUGCAUUAUUAUUUACAUCACUGCAAUCCUAGUAUCGAAUACUUUAAAAAUUUAAAAUCAAAUCACAACAAGCAUCACUAUGUCAGUGAUGCCAAAGGUUUUGGUAUUACUAAUAAAAUUUGGGAUUAUCUCUUCGACACUAAAUUCAAUUGA